AUGCCUCAAAACAUCCUCAUCACUGGAGCUGCUGGUUACAUUGGCGGAUCCAUUAUAGCAGAUAUCCUGUCACGAAAUGAUGAUACUCUGAAGAUUGCAACCCUGUUUGCAGCUGUGCGAAGCCAAGAGCAGGUCGACCAGAUAUCUAAGAUCGGAGUGAAGGCCAUUCAGGUUGACCUGAAUGACAAGUCAGCCAUUGAAGAUGUUAUCAUUGACAACAAGAUUGAUAUCGUUGUGCACACUGCCAGUGGUAUGCAUCCAGCUAUCACGUCCAACCUAAUCAGUGCUCUCGGAAAGCGGCGUCAGGCCAGCGGAUCUGGGAUAUAUCUGAUCCAUACUUCCGUUGCCACUAUGUUCACCGAGGAAGGCGGAUGGCCUUAUGGUGAAGUCAAGGAUAGCGAUUCUAUCUUGGCCAAGGAGAGGGAGAUCGGAUUUGACAACCCUGUGCGAGCGGUCAACAGACUGCUUGCCGAAGAGGGCAAGAAUCAGGGUGUAGAGACUUUCAACGUUGCCGUACCUAUGACUUAUGGGCGCGGAACUGGGGAGUGCAGAAAGCUCUCAGUGAAUAACCCAGCCAUGAUCCGAACAAGCAUCAAGCUCAAGACUGUUCACAAAUUCGACAAAGAUGGGCACUUUGGAACUGUCCACAUCUCCGAUCUCACCGACAUCUACGUGCGACUCGUCAGCAAGAUCUUGAAGCAAGAGCCCAUCCAGGUCGGCCAAGAUCGCUACUUUUUUGCCAUCGCCCACAAGGCACAUUGGUGGAAGAUGAUGGAUAAGGUUGUCGAGGGACUCUAUUCUCGUGGUCUUGUGACGGAGCCCAAGGCCAAGAUUUGGUCAGAUUACAACACGGCCGCUGACAGUCUUGGAUUCCCAAGAGUUUACAUUGGAGCUAUGGCCACACAUAGCGGUCAACUUGUUCCGGAGAAUGUGUACGCGUUGGGAUGGAAGCCCAAGUGGGAUUCAGAGGAAAAGUUCUUGAAUCUGAUUGAUGAUGAGAUCAAGGAUGUUCAGGAGUUGGAUACUGUCAAAAUGUCUAUUUUUGACAGCCUUGUCGCAGAGCAAUCCAAGUAA